GCGAAGCCUGCGCGGGAGCCUGGGCAGUGAGCAGGGUGUGAGCUGUCCGAAAAUGCACUCGGAUGCCGCCGCUGUCAACUUUCAACUGAACUCUCAUCUCUCAACGCUGGCAAAUAUUCACAAGAUCUACCAUACCCUGAAUAAGCUAAAUCUAACAGAAGACAUUGGCCAAGACGAUCGCCAAACAGGAAGUCUGCGGUCCUGCAGUUCUUCGGACUGCUUUAGCAAAGCGAUGCCACCGAGGAAAAAGAGAAGACCUGCGCCUGGAGAUGACGUAUCGGCCAAGAAAAGCAGACACGACAGCAUGUUUAGAAAAUACGAUUCAACGAGGAUAAAGACUGACGAAGAAGCCUUUUCCAGUAAGCGGUGCGUCGAGUGGUUCUAUGAAUAUGCAGGCACUGAUGAUGUCGUGGGUCCUGAAGGCAUGGAGAAAUUUUGUGAAGACAUUGGUGUUGAGCCAGAAAAUGUAGUUAUGCUCGUCCUAGCCUGGAAAUUGGAUGCACAAAACAUGGGCUAUUUUACUCUCCAGGAAUGGCUAAAAGGAAUGACUUCUCUACAAUGUGAUACAACAGAAAAACUAAGAAAUACUUUGGAUUACUUAAGAUCAUUAUUAAAUGAGUCUACAAACUUUAAACUUAUUUACAGAUAUGCGUUUGACUUUGCACGGGAAAAGGACCAGCGCAGCCUAGACAUAAACACUGCCAAGUGCAUGUUGGGACUGUUAUUAGGAAAAGUCUGGCCCCUUUUUCCAGUUUUUCACCAAUUCUUAGAGCAAUCAAAAUACAAAGUUAUUAACAAAGACCAGUGGUGCAAUGUGCUAGAGUUCAGCAGAACCAUUAACCUUGACCUCAGCAACUACGACGAGGAUGGAGCCUGGCCAGUUUUGUUGGACGAGUUCGUGGAAUGGUACAAAGACAAGCAGAUGUCGUAGGACCGGAUGUGCCUCAGCGCGAGAGUCACUGUUCCCGCUGUUCUGUCAGCCAUUAGCCAUAAAUUGCUGUUUGUCUCGACGCGCAUGCUGCUCCCCUGGCACGGCCUUCCUCCUGCAGGGACGCUCGGGGUUCGCGACCGACGGGCCAGCUCUGCUUACUGUGUGGCAUCGUUCUCUUGGGAGGCUGCUUUGCAGUUUGUAUUCACACUACCGAUUGGUGAACUUGCCAGCGUCCUCACUGUGAUUAUGUGUAUAUUGCUGUUUAAAUUUUGUACAUGUGUAUAAAAAGAAACUGCUUCACCGAGAGAUUAUUUCUGCA